UGGAAUCAAAUCUCAAAAAUAGUAAGUAAGCCAUCAAAAUGGCUACUAAGAGCAAUCACUUGAAAAGCUUAUUCCUAGUUUAAGUUACCAUAAACCGAAUUUUUACCAUAUUAUAGAGCUUGAAGAUCUUAUGGAGCUUGGGCUCAAAAAUGGUGAGUUUCCCUAUUAUUCUAAGCCAAAUAAUAGAUGAGGACCUGAACACCCCAGUUAAAAAUCGUAUUGACAAGAAAGGGCUCCUUCAGCACUAUUAUAGAAUCAGAGAGUAUUCCUGGAAAUACAACAGAGAAGAACAGAAAGAGGAGAGGCUUUUCCUAGAGGAAAACCCUCUUGAAGGGAAAUAAAGUCAAGUAUUUCUUCUAUUUUCUCUAUGAUGGAAAUGAUCCCAUCCUCGAGAAAGAAAGACAUAGGAUCUCCAUUGGUGUUUACCAGCUGGUCCCUAUCCCUAAUGAACCAAGUGAUAUUAAAGCAAAUAUACUGUUCUUUAAUGGUCAAGAUAUUGAAAAGAUCUACUAUCAUAAAACAAUCCGAAAAGAAUUAGAUGAAGUAAUGGGCUAUAAAUAAAUCGAAGAAACAAAACCAAGACUCAGAAGAAGAGCCGUAUGAUUCACCUGAUGAAGAUGAUGAAGUUAAUGAUUUCUACUAUUUAAAGAGGAAAGAGGACUUUAUUGCUGAACUCAUUAUGAAAAAUUACACAGAACUUUCUACUUUAGUAAAUCUUUAUAACCCUUUAGAUGGCUGAAUUUAAACUAGAAUGGAUUAUCCCAGUAUGAAAAUAAAGGAAUUACUAAAAACAAAACUCACUUAUUCAGGCUGUUCCAAAGGAAUUGAGAUAAUUGACAAGAAGAGGAUUUACCUUGACUCUAUCCAAUUCAGAAUACCUUCACACAGGAUUUAGGCUAUCUCACCAUCAAGGAAGAAAUGUUGAUGGAAGAAAUCCAGUAUCUUAAUAUCAAAAUGGUCUUCCCCUCCAUUAAGAUAAAUUAUGAGUAUUCCAUUUGGUGUCCUUGAACGACUCUUGAAUGAAUCCAAAGAACUAAGCCUGAAAUAGUCCUAAAUAACACACUGAAAUAACAAGUUGAUCUUGCACCAAAAAUCACUGCCUCUUCGUCUACUGACCCCUUGUCCUAUUGACUUGAACAAAGAAGAAGACAGGGUCUUCUGCAAUUCCAUCAGCCCUAAACAAGUCAAGGAAUAUGGCCUCAAUUACAGAGGAAGAGCAACAAUAGUAUCCAGAAAGAACUUUCAAAUGGAGUAUAAAUUCAAACAAGACGAAAAGAAGCGGAUAGUACUCCAGACAGGAAAGAUAUACCCAGACACUUACUUUGUGGAUUAUGGAUAUCCGUACUCAACACAUCAUGCGUUUGCAAGCUCUUUAGCUGCUCAUAUGUAUUUUAAGUAUUUCUUAUAA